AUGCGUCGACCGUGCCCAGCUAAAUUGGGUGAUCUCACCAAAAGCGGCCUCUUGUACGAAGCAAACUACAACGAAUGGAUCACGAGGAUGGACGUUAUCCUGCGCACACACGAGCUUCUGCGGUACGUUUGUGCAGAACAUGACGGGUCCAGCGAAGAGAGGGACGAUAGCGGCCGUGAAGGCUGUUCUUGGAAUGUGAAAGAGAGAUGCGACUAUCUCGCCGAUGCGAAGCACUACGAAAAAGCUCUAGGUCUCAUCAACUCUCAGCUGAGUCCAACCUUCCAACGCCGCAUGCUCCACUUUAGAGAUCAGCUCAGUCAAACAGAUUGCCCGUUCUCUGAGCUCAGAAUGAUCGCACAGCCAUUCAAGCGACUCUGGGAUUUGCCACUUGAGUUCCGUAACAACGUCUACGAAUACGCACUCGAGCUUCAGGAGCGGCCGAUCACCAUCACGACUGGUCUGAAGCAAGACGCUCUCUAUCACUGGGACGACUACAAGUCAGCGUGGCCUGCAACUGCGCAAGUCUGCCAGCAGAUGAGAGCGGAAGUCUUGCCAAUCUUCUACGCGAGGAACAGCUUUCUGAUACGUGCAAAGCCACUGGUGCUAGUUGGUCGUCCGGUUGAGCGGCUCCAUAUGGAGGAAACUUUCCAGCCACGGUGAGUAUGUCGCCCUAAUUCGGCCUUGGAUCGAUCGCGUUGUGCUAAUCGCAUUCAUGAUCAGGCUCGAGCAGAUUGUGGGCGACAACACCAAGCAUCUUCGGCAUGUCGUUCUCACUGAUAAAAAUGCCCAUGGAGAGACCAUCAGGUUCGAAUUCAGAUUUUCAUCAUCCGAGGGUUUCGAGUGGUCCUCUUCAAAGGAGUCAACGGCGGACGUGAACAGAAAACUCGGUUUCACAAUGCGUGAGGCGAAGAUAAUUGCCAAGCUGAUGAGAGUCGAAGGCGAGUCAAUAGUCAUGGCAAUGUUCGCAGCCAAAAACCUGCUGCGUUGUCCGCAAGGCAAGACAGAGAAAUGA